GCGUUUUGGUGGAUUGGGAAAUCUUGACACAGACGCUUUACCUGUAACCUCCAAAUCUCUUAACAUCAGACAAAUCGGUAAUAAAAUGACUCUAGAAACUAUUCCUAAAGAUCUUCGUGGGUUGCGGGCUUGUUUAGUGUGUUCCUUGAUUAAGACUUUUGAUCAAUUUGAGUAUGAGGGUUGUGAUAACUGUGAUGAUUUUCUCAGGAUGAAGAACAACAGGGAUAAUGUUUAUGAUUGCACGAGUUCUAACUUUGAUGGAAUGAUAUCUGCUAUGAGUCCUGAAGACAGUUGGGUGUGCAAGUGGCAGAGAAUAAAUCGGUUCUGCAAAGGCGUUUAUGCAAUUUCAGUAUCAGGCAGACUUCCUGCUGGGAUUAUAAGGGAGAUGAAGAGCAGAGGCAUUGUAUACAGACCUAGAGACACCAGCAAUCGAUAAUAAUGCGAUUUAUUAUUUAAUUUUAUGCUCUAAAAUAUUUUUCACUUUAUAACAUUAAAACAAGUCAAUCUCCUCUAUCUGGUGACAUUUUAAGGUUUUCAACUUGACUUAUAUUUGGUUUGCAUCUUGGCUAAACUACUUUCAUCAAUAAUCAAUUUCAUUACAAAAAAACUUACAUACUAUGCAAUAAAAUAAAAUAAUUCAAA